CUCGGUGUAAGCGGAAACUUCCCGUUCAACCACCCUUUGCUCCGCUUCCCAGCACAAAAUCGUAAAUCGCGAAUGGGUCGGCGCUGAUUACAAGCGUCGAAGGUAAGGUAAGUAAAUCUCUAUACUCGGAGCUAGCCUGCUCACCCCUCGGAAGAAUGUGCAAUUAUUGUAAUAGCUGGUCGAAGCUUCACCCUGCCAGACAUAUAGCAAGUCAUUCGCGGGCUAGCGUAAAUAUUGCGAUUAGACCGAAGUCGACAAUCGUGGCGGGAUGGAGUCUUGGCUGAAGAUAUCGUGGCUGCUCUGCAUAUUCGGGUUCCUGCGGGAACUCCGCCCCUCGGAGCCCUACCAUGCGGAGAUCCUGAUGGGCGAGUGGUACCACGUCACCCAGGACGAGGUCAACCGAUCCGUCUAUCCGGUGGGCUCCUACGCCUACCUGUCGCUCCUAAUCUUCGUCUUCCUCAUAACGGACUUACUCAGAUACAAACCCGUGAUCAUCGCAAAUGCCAUAACGGGCAUCUGCAUCUGGGGCACACUCAUUUGGACGAGCACUUUGGGUGGCCUGCAGGCAGUGGAGGUGUUCUAUGGCUUCUACCAGGCGGCCGAGGUGGCCUACUACUCAUACAUCUACGCCAAGGUGGACAAGCAGUACUAUCCCAGGGUGACCUCGCACACCCGGGCGGCCAUGUUCGUGGGCAAACUGGUGGCCGGACUCCUGGCGCAGCUGGUCAUCGGCAUGCAGUGGAUGAACUACAAGCAACUGUUCUACAUUUCCGUGAGCUCUCAAGUUGCGGCACUACUUUGGGCCUUUGGCCUGCCCAAAGUGGAAAAGAGUUUGUACUUCCACAACCAAACCGAAGUCACAAAGGCGGAUAGUGGAGCCCAGGAGAAGGGAUCAGAUCAGGGAAAGCCAGAGGAAAUGGAGUCGAAGACAUCGUCCAGUCCCAGUGAGAAGUUACCAGCCUGGCAGCUCAUCUGGUCACAUUUCCGUAGUGCCUAUACCAAUGGCCUGGUGAUCCAAUGGAGUUUAUGGUAUGCCGUUAGCCUGGCUGGAUUUCUGCAGAUUACCACCUACAUGCAGGUGGUGUGGAAGUCUUUCGAGAAUGAGCCAACAAUUGCUUGGAAUGGAGCUGUGGACGUUGCUCUGACCCUUCUGAGUGCUGUCUUCGCCCUCCUCGCCGGUUACUUCCAUGCCGGACGUUUGAGCACCAGGAGCAGCCUGCUCUCGAUGGCUCUUCUGUCGAUCCUCGAGGGCGGUUGUGUGCUCCUUUCCUGCUGGACCGCCAACAUAUACCUUUCCUACCUGGGCUAUGUGCUCUACGGCGGGUUAUUCGCUUUUACCAUAACGGUGGCCAGUUCGGAGUUGGCCAGCAGCUUAUUGGAGGACAGCUUCGCUCUGGUGUUCGGUUUCAACACUUUUGUAGGCCUCAUCCUGCAAUGCAUCCUCACAUUCGCUGUCGUCUCAGAGAAAGCGAAUCUAAAUCUUGAUGUUUUCCAGCAGUUCACAGUCUACGCAUUUUAUUUCAUAGUUAUUGGAGUAGUAUAUUCUAUAGCCGUUGUGCUGCAAUAUUUAUGGUCAUGCUCGAGGAGAUCAAAGUCGAUUCAAGUUAACUAAACAGUUACUGAACUUUAUAAGACAGUUUGAAAAAAGAUUAGAUAUUUGUUUGUUAUUAUUGGUUGAAAAUGUAGAAUUUAGUAGUUUUUCUUAAAUAAAAUACAUCACAAUUAA